GGACGUGGCAGGUGUGAGCAGGAAGAGGAUCCGACCUGAAUUCACCAGGAGGAGGACGCGCAGGAAGAAGAAGGCGUGUCGCCGAGCCUAUGGACUGCAGGGGGCGCUGCGCAGCUCAGGCACCAACACACCUGAGUUGUCCAACCCGGAGGCGCAGGUGAGUCGACCUGUGUGUCUGAUUGAAACGCGGGGAGGUAAAAACUAAAAAGAAAAACACCUGGACUUUACACCGAGGAGCUUCCGACUCUCGAUCCCACAUGGAAGCGAGUUUACACCGCGAAAAGGAAGAAGUCUGAUCCACCCACCCUGCGGUACCGUCACCUUUACACACCGCACCCCCCUCCCCCCUGAGCGUGAGAGAAAAAAUGAGAGUGCAAGUGUUGGUGCCCGUGACAGUGGUGGUGUCUCUCGUUUUGUUCGGCCUGGUCAAAGUGCGGAGGAAGACGCAGGAGAUGGAGGAAAAGCGCACCAGGUUCGGGGUCAUCAGGCUGCGGGUGAGCACCGAUGUGCUGUCGGAGUAUCGGACCCAGAUAACCCAGCAGCAGCAGGAGCUCGAAAGGAACCGAGAUGAGCGCAAAGCCCAGGAGGAGGACAUCUACGCGCUGAAGGACAAGAAGGAUGAGGCCAUUGGGAAAAUGAAAAUCUGCAAGGAAGAAAAGAAAGAUUUAAGCGAAAAGCAAGUUUCCACGGACACAGAAGUCACUAACCUAAGAGGGGAAAAUGAUAAGGAGAUGGCCAGCUGGAAAAAAGAAGUGGAGUCCCUGAAACAGAAACUAGCAGCACCGAGCGCAGUUUGUGACUUUCUAAAAGACGAAUCAGAUCUAGCAAGAACGUUGUGUGGCAAAGAAGUGAAGGAGGCCCCCAAAAAGGAAGAGGCAAAGGAGGAGGCCCCCAAAAAGGAAGAGGCAAAGGAGGAGGCCCCCAAAAAGGAAGAGGCAAAGGAGGAGGCCCCCAAAAAGGAGGAGGCAAAAGAAGAGGCCCCCAAAAAGGAGGAGGCCCCCAAAAAGGAGGAGGCAAAGGAGGAGGCCCCAAAAAGGAAGAGGCAAGGAGGAGGCCCCAAAAGGAGGAGGCCCCAAAAGGAAGAGGCAAAGGAGGAGGCCCCCAAAAAGGAGGAGGCCCCCAAAAAGGAAGAGGCAAAGGAGGAGGCCCCCAAGAAGAGAUGAGAAAUAACGCCUCCACAACACUUUUUGAUUCAUUCCAACCAGAUUCAAGCCUGUAGCUUUACUGAGUGGAUGACACAUACAGUGAUACAGAUGUGAAUGUAUAUCCCUUUACAAUCUGUUAAUUUAUCCAACAAAUUAAUAGACAUGAAGAUAUAUACAUUUUUGUGUGCGUGUGCGUGUGCGUGUGAGAGAAAAAUAUAUGAGAAUUUGUGGUUACUGAGAUCAAGACUUACUCUACCUACGUGAAAGGAAAUGUGUGAAAGGCAAAAAAAAAUAAUCAUUGAUUAAAUAGAGUGAUGGGCUUUAAUGUGAUGUGGUUUGACCUGCAAAUCACUGUGAAAAACAUUGUAUGAUGGACAAACUUUACUGCUUCACCUCUGUCGUCUUGUCGACAAUGUACUAACUUUUUAAAUUUGAAUAAAAACAGUAAAAAAUU